UGUAUGCUACUACUAAAAAGCAAACAAUUUCGAGGUUCGAGGUAACAGAUUGCUUAACGUAGGAUAUAAAAACAACGUGAACCCAAUAUUAGCACCUCAACUAUAAACAAAAACCUGAGGAUUAUUGUGUUGUUGUACUGUGUACACUUUGAUUUGUUAGUUUUUGGCAAAGAAGCCACGAUAAAAAUAGUAUGGAGAGUUCUCGCAGAUUAUACAAUCAAUCUAAGCCUUUUUUAGCAGUCAUAUUUCUUCAAGUUGGGCUUGCAGGAAUGGAUAUUCUCUCAAAGGUUGCACUCAACCAUGGAAUGAGCAACUAUGUACUCGUUGUCUAUCGCCAUGCAGUUGCCACUAUUGUCAUCACUCCUUUUGCUCUUUUUUUUGACAAGAAGGUGAGGCCAAAGAUGACCUUAUCAAUUUUUAUCAAGUUAUUACUACUCAGUUUGCUUGAGCCUGUUAUUGACCAGAACUUGUAUUAUAUGGGAAUGAAGUACACAUCAGCAACUUUUGCUGCCACGAUGGUGAAUGUUCUUCCAGCAAUAACAUUUGUAAUGGCUUGGAUACUAAGGCUUGAAAGAGUGAAGUGUAGAAGCAUACGUAGUCAAGCAAAGAUAGUAGGAACAGUGGCAACAGUUGGUGGGGCAAUGAUGAUGACAUUAAUAAAAGGCCCAGCACUUACUUCUUGGUCUAAAAAUACCGCAACUGAUCAUAAUGGGGUUAAACCACUUGAUAUUAGUGUACACGAUGCAAUUAAAGGUUCCAUUAUGAUCAUUAUUGGUUGCUUUAGUUGGGCUGCUUUUGUCAUUCUUCAGGCUAUUACUUUGAAGACAUAUCCUGUUGAGUUAUCUCUAACUGCAUGGAUAUGCCUUUUGGGCACACUUGAGGGUACAGCACUUGCUCUUGUUAUGGAGAAAGGAAGAUCCUCUGUAUGGGCAAUUAAUUGGGAUGCUAAUUUAUUGGCUGCCGUUUAUAGUGGCAUAUUUUGUUCUGGAUUGCUGUAUUUUAUACAAGGAGUUGUGAUGAAAGAAAGAGGCCCAGUCUUCGUCACCGCCUUCAGUCCUUUGUGCAUGGUAAUUGUUGCUAUAUUGAGCACCUUCUUCAUGGCGGAAAAGAUGUAUCUUGGAAGGGUACUUGGAGCUGUCGUUAUUGUAGUCGGCUUGUAUAUGGUUAUAUGGGGCAAAGGCAAGGACUAUGACGCUCCUCCACUAGAUGAAGAAGAUAAAACAGGCGAGAAAGUGACAACACAAGUACAAUUUCAAGGUCCAGAGCAGGAUAAUCCGAACAAAAACUUUCACGUCUUGCAAAUUAAUCAAGAUAUUCAUGUAUAGCUUUCCACUAAUCAACAAAGAUAGAACUACAGCCAUGGCGCCAUUAGUUCUGAGCCUUGCUGCUGAAGAGGAAUUAAUUUCGAUCUUUGCUAAUGGCUCCUAAUUUAACUUGUUUGUUGAUACUUCAUAUUUGUAUGUGCUAGUUGAGUUUAUUUACAACUCAUUGGAAUAUCAAAUCUCACGUGGGAUAAAAAAUUGUACCCUUGCAUCUA